AUGCCUUCAGAUCUUCCCCUGCGCCAAAAAUCGCAGCGGCUAGCCAACCGCAGCAAGGCGGAAAAGCCCCAUUAUUUUGCCCAGUACAAACAGUCGGCGCGCACCGUUUCAUCUGCCAACGAGCUUCUCCCUGGGCUCAACGACAUUCUGGACGCCUUUGAAGCGCUUCCGUUGGACUUGGUCAAGUACUUCACGCUUCUCAAGGAGAUCGACGCCAAGUGCAUCAACACGGUGCCAUUGGUGCGCCGCCACAUCCACACAUAUCUUGAUUCCUUGCACGAUCCCGCCGCCAAGAAGGAAAAAGCCGCUUCGUUGGCGGAACUCGCCCGCAUCCGCCGCCACGUCCACGAAUUGGUACCGUGCUUGGAAGAGAAGAUGCACGUGACCGCCGUCGCCGCCGACGUCUUGGCCAAGCACAUGCACCGGAUCAACGGCGCCUACCGUGUUGUCAUUGGCAACAACGAGAUCCCCGAGUCCGUUCGCAUCGGCUCGCUCACACACCGUGCCAUUGUGUUGGACCCGCUGGCGCAGGACAAUAGCAAGCUGGCGCAGCUGCAGCGGUCCGAGAGCCGGCGCGAGGCGUUGGCUGCGAAAAAGGCCGGCAAGGACGGCGACGACGACGACAACAAGCGGCGCAGAGCGCGCGAGCCCACGCCCGUGGAGCGGCGGCGAGACAAGGCGCCCACGCCCGUUGCAGAUCGCAAGCGGAGCAAGCCCAAGAAGGAGGAGCCGGGCCGCGGCGGCGGCGCGGGCGAACCCACUUACUGCUACUGUAACCAGGUGCUGUUUGGCGAGAUGGUGGGAUGCGACGGCGACUCGUGCAAGCGCGAGUGGUUUCAUUUGCCGUGCAUUGGCUUCAAGAACCCGCCAAAGGGCAAGUGGUACUGUGACGAAUGUUUGGCCAAGGCCAAGAAGAGGAGAAUAUAG